AUGGAGCCAGAUCUAUCGGCAAGCAUCACCAUGCACCCGCAUCCCUUCCUCCACCGGACCGACAGUCCUGCGCGCAGCCCUGCCCGCUCCUCCACGCCUCGAUCCCCGACGCACCACACAACGCACCACACGACGAGUCAGGCAGCGAUAGCGACGCGGUCUUUAGAUGGGCCAUCCUCGCCCCGUGAAUCCGGCAACGCCACUAGCACAGGUGUGGAAGCCUUAGACGACGAAGCACGAGGCGAGCGGCCCGUAUCGCGAUACCCGUCCGCCGCCGCCACCGACGUCGAGUCGCAGACGGGCAACCGCCGGUACAGCGCCAACGACCCCUACAACCUCACCUCGGCCUUCAAGACGCCCGCCCAGCUUGACGAGAUCAAGGCUAACACCUCUCGCAAGCGCGACAACGUCGCCCAAGGCCCCACACCCGUCGCCGGCAUCAAGAGCAGGUUCCGUGCCAAGAAGAUACACACCUUCUACCAGAGUCAGAACGAGACCAUCGAGCGCCUGCUGAAGACGGUAGAGGAACACCGGGAUGACGCGCGCCAGGAGGCCGGCGAGGACCAUCUGCGCCACCAGAUCGCCGUCUACGGCUCGUUCUGUGCCAACGUGCUCCUGUCGGUACUGCAACUAUACGGUGCCAUAUCCUCGGGCUCGCUGUCGCUAUUUACCACUUGUGCCGAUUCGGUAUUCGACCCGCUCAGCAACCUGACGCUCAUCCUGACUUAUCGUGCUGUGAAGAAGGUCGACCCCAGUCGCUUCCCCUCGGGCAAGGCGCGCCUCGAGAACGUCGGAAACAUCACCUUUUGCUUUCUGAUGAUCGCCGUCUCGUUGAUCCUGAUCGCCUUCUCGUGCCAGGACAUCGCUAACCGGUUCGGCACGGGGGCGGUCGUUAAGGACUUCCACCUCCCUGCCGUCAUCGCCGUCAGCGUGGCCUUCUGCACCAAACUCGCCCUGUUUUUCUACUGCUGGGGCCUCAAAGACAAAUAUAGCCAGAUUGAUAUUCUGUGGCAGGACCACCGCAACGACCUUUUUAUUAACGGGUUCGGUGUGCUCACGUCAGUUGGCGGCGCCAAGCUCGCCUGGUGGCUCGACCCCAUGGGUGCCAUCAUCUUGUCAGUACUUAUCACGUGCAUCUGGCUGCGUACGGCAUUCAAGGAGUUCCUGCUGCUCGUCGGCGUCGUCGCCAGCGUCGAGAUCCAGCAGCUGAUCACCUACGUCUGUGUCACGCACUCGCCCGCCAUUCAGGGUAUCGACACCGUCCGCGUGUAUCACUCGGGGCCCCGGCUGAUCGCCGAGAUCGACGUGGUCAUGGAUCCAAACGCGUCGCUGAGGGAUACGCAUGACGUGGCCGAGGAGCUGCAGUUCAAGCUCGAGGAUCUGCCGGACGUCGAGAGGGCGUAUGUUCAUGUCGAUUACGAAACGACGCAUAAGCCGGAACAUGCGAUCAAGAAGGAACUGUGA